AUGAAGUUUAUUUUUGCUUUCCUUUUAUUGGCUACGCUCUCCAUGGUGGUCAAUGCUAUUCCACAUCAACUUCUUAAAAGAACUACUUUCUUUAAACAAUGUCCUCCUACAGAAAAUGGAAGAAAACCACCUCAACUCACUGUCGUACUUUCAACUGAUCCUGUCGUUCCUGGACAAACUGAUGAUUUUACUAUUUCUGGAACACUAAGUCGUCCUGUCCACGAUAAUGACAAUACCAUUGUUGAAUUUUUUAAUACUGUAUCUCUGAAACCCGUAGGUAAUCAAACUAGUGCGCAAACCGACCAAAAAAUACCAUUUUCUCAAGUAUUGAAUGUUAAUGUACCAGCAGAAUUACCUAAUCAAUACAGUAUUGUAGUUGGUGUUAUAAAUCUAGCAACUGCGGAGGUUAUAGGCUGUGCAUAUAGUAUUGUUGGUGGUUCUUCUAAACCUGACUAUUAUCCCAUCCCAUUAUUGUAA